AGAGAAAACUAAUUGAAAAGAAUCAAAUUGCCUUUUUCUUUUGUAAAAAUAGUACGUGCAUAUUUUCCGAUCACCGGCGUUUGUCAACUCACUGAACUCACCGAUGGAUUCUCCGCCGGAAAACGCCGGCAAGGGCCUAAAACCUACUAUCUCCGUAUACACUGAUUACCUUUCGAAUCGAAUUUCCAGUUACUUUCCGGCGGCUUCCUACUCGAAUUUCCUCAGCAGGAUUUCUAAUUUCUACCGUGGCAGCUCAGGCACCAGUAAACGACGUCGUAGAAAGACCUCUCUCCCCCUUCCUUUCCCUUCCUCCGCUGAAUCUUCUACGGCUGUUUGUGAGGCAUCUAGAACUGUUGGUGUUUUGGAGGACAUUAUGGAGUGCAUCUUUCUAAAUAUGCAUUACAUCCAGAAGAACUUAGAAUAUUGGCAAUCUAAAGCACAGGGAUCAAAUGCUAAAAGAGCAUACUUCAUGAUAUGUGAGAGAGGACCAUAUGCUUUUUUCAAUGGCACAACUCAAUUGUUAAGCGAUUGUGUUGGUGAAGGUUCUGGGAUGCAACAUACAUAUUGUUUGGCAUCUUCAUAUAUAUCUGAGAGGAUAAAUUUCUUGAGUAGCUUAAGAUAUCAUUUGGCUACAUUUUUGGCACAGAUCUACAUGAAGGUUGAUAAGGUUGGUGAGGAAUUGGUCAAGGAUUCUGAGAAGUCAUUAUCAUCAUUAUUGGUUGAUAUGAAUGAUCUAUUUCUGAAAUUGGAGGCAUCAAUUGGACAUUUUCAUGCAGUGCGCCAGCAAAGCUCUUCUGUUGAUGAAAGCUAUUCUUUUCCAUUGAUAUUUGAGAAACUUCCAGAAGUUAAUCAAGAAGGGUCUCAAUGGACUGAUUGUGAGACUAGAGAUGCUAUCAAUUUGAUCUACCAAAAUGUGGACAGAUUGAACACCUAUCUAGCUGCCAUUGUUACAAUUCACCGGAAGCCCAGAAGAGUUACUCGAUACUGGAUACCCUAUACUUGUGGGAUUGUGGGCAUCUCUAUCUGUUCAUUAUGGUUACUUCGCCAUAGCAGUUUAGUAGGAAGCUCUGACAUCGACAAUUGGAUCCGUGAGGCAAAGGAGUCAACAGUUAGUUUCUGGAAUGACCAUGUAGAGCAACCGCUCAUCUCUAUAAGGGACGAUCUUUUCUACACAUUCCGGAAGAGGCAGAAGGGUGCAAUGGAACCUGAAGAAGUGCAAUUAACUGCCGACUCUCUACACAGAAUGUUGCAAGCUUUCACUGAGCAGACGAAGGGUGAGAAGGCUCCACCAAAUGCAACAGACCAGGAAAUGCUUGAAAUAGUAAUGAUGAGGUAUGAGAAGGAACUGAUGCAUCCAAUUCAAAAUCUUUUUUCUGGAGAGCUUUCUCGUGCUCUUCUUAUCCAGGUUCAGAAGCUGAAGCUUGACAUUGAAGAGGCUAUGCUGGAGCUGGAUCAAAUUCUUAGGGCCAAUGAAAUCAAUUUUGCUAUUUUAGCUGCUUUGCCCGCUUUCUUCCUCUCCCUUAUUGUGAUCAUGUUGGUGCGCGCUUGGCUUAAACAGGAUAAGAAAGCAGAAGGUAGGGGAAGGGUUGCCCGAAUUCAACGACGACUGCUAAUUGUGGAAGUAGAGAGAAAGAUUAUGCAAUUAGAAAGCUGCAAAGAGCAAGGACAAGAAAAAGAUGCUCAAUGCAUGUUGGGGUUGGCAUUAUAUUAUCUGGAUCGCUUAUACUGUGCUGUGGAAGGACAUGCAAGGGCUACUGGUGAAUGGAUAAGUUUGAGGCAGGAUAUCAUUGACUUGGCGAAACCAGAUCUUCAAACUGCACAUAAACUCAGGAUUACAUCACGGAUGGAACGGGUAUAUGACUGCUUGCUUCCGUUACCAAAGACACAGUAGUUUUGCAGUCUUCACAUUUACUGUUUCAUUCAAACAACCUUGCCUUUUGUAUAAAUUGGGGGAUGAUGCCCCCCCUUUCAGGCUCCA